UAAUCACUCAUUGCUGUACAUCUCUCUGGGGGACAUCUGUCAAUGUUAUAAUUUUUUGGUUAUUUUGUCUGUCAAAGGAUCAAAACAGCAUCGUGAAUAUAUCCAUAAUUUCAAAUAAACAUAAAAUAUGGGAAAGAGAAAUAAUAAAAAUCAGGAGAGAAAAAAGAAAGUAAAUUUAGUUUUUGAUGAAUCUAAAAGAAAGGAGUUUUUAUGCGGUUUUCGUAAAAGAAAACUGGAACGAAAGAAGAAAGCCCAAGAAGAACUACAACGCUUAUUGAAAGAAGAAAAGAAACGAAUCAAACAGGAGAACAAGGAAUCAUAUAAAAAGUUAAUAGUGUCCAGUCGUCCUAUACCAGAUAUUGAGCAGUUACUGCAAGAAGAAUACGAAGAUGAAGAUGUAAAUGUAAAGAUAGUUGAAUUAUCUUCAGACACUCUACAGAAAAAAGAUUUGGUCAUUGGUGAAAAUAGACCCAAAGAACCUAUAGCAAAAAAGGAUGUUAAAAAGAAAUCUGAGAAAAAUGUUCAAACUGUUCCCGGCAUGGAUUCUGAAGAGGAAAGUGAGGAAGAAGUAGAGGAAGAACAGGAAGAUGACAAGUUAAAGACUAAAAAGGAUAUAAAAAGGAUGUUGAAGAAACAAGCAACUAAAAAAGUGCAGAAGAGUAAGGUUUUCCAAAUGAAAAACAAAUUGGAAAGGGUGAAGAAUAAAAAGAAAUCACAGCAGAAGAGUAGGCAUAUGGGUAAAGUUGAACAAAAGAAAGAUAAAUCCAAAAAGAAAAAUAAUUUUAAAAGAAAACAUAAAUAAAACUUGAAUUGAAAAA